UUUUUGUCGUUGUCAACACUGCUGGCUGCAGCGCCCAAUCAAAGGUCUUCUGAACCCAAUCGCGCCUGUCUUUCUGUUCAACCGGCAAAUACAAACUGAAGACUGUAUCUAAGGAGAAACAGGAAAAAGCAAAGCUGGUUUGAGCAACCCAAUAACGUUUACUAGUAUAAUAUUCAGAGUACGAGUUAAUAUUCAUAUUAAUUUAGUAAACGUGGAUUUAUCGUGUGACUGAUCAGAAACAACUUCUUCUGCUAACAUACAAUUGCUAAAGAUUCAAUUUCUGAGGUAUUCAGUCUAUUAGAUACAGAGGAUGGCAACAGGAGAUCUGAAAGGAUGUCUUCGAAAACUUCACCAACAACUUCGCUCUCUGAACUAUGACAGAGAUGUAGAUUAUGCUGGUCUAGCAAGAGGAGAUCCUGCUUCUCUUUUACCAAUCCUGAGCCAUGCAUUCAUUUCUUAUUCCUCAUAUUUGGCUGAACAUCUUGUUGGAUGUAGAGUGGAACUCGCAGGAAAGAAUGAUCUACGUUUUAUUGAAACUGUCUAUAAGGUGCUGCGGGACCAGUUUCAUUAUAAACCAGUUUUAUCAAAGCAGCAGAUUCUCCAGUGUGGAUAUGCAGAAAGAAAGAUCAACAUUCUUUGUGACAUUAUCAGCUUUGUGACAAAGAAGCAUAAGGAACUGGCACAUCUUGAUAAGGCUAAGGUCCAGCCAAAGAAGAAAGCGUUUGCCUCCUCUAGUGUUCAGCCACAGACACAAAUUGUGUUUCCUGAAACUUUACAGCCUACAAACUUGAAAACAAAACCUUUUGUGGAAAGACAUUUACCAGUAAGCCUUUCUGUAAAUGUACAGGCACCUUCAUCCUCAGUGAGUUGUGACUCUGAGGGUUCUGAUAAUGAUUCCUGCACAUUUGAGGAAGAGAUUAAUACAGAACAAUUGGUGCAAAAAGCUGCAAUUGAAAAUGUUCAGUUAAAGUCCCUGGAACUCCAGCUUGCUGAAUGUCAGAACAAGCUACAAAAACUUUUAGUGAUGGAGGAAAGGCUCAAGGCUGUCGAACAAGAGAUGGCAGGAAAAGUGAUUAUAGAUAGGAAGGACUGGAACAACCUUGUAAGCAGAGUUGUUUUACUUGAAACAGAGUUAAUUUUACGCUCCAGAAAGGAUGAUACAUCCCCAGAUAUGAAAGAAGGGGAUGCCUCUAAAUGCAAACUAAAUAAGGUUUCAAUUGAGACAAGAUCUGAGACGCCAGAGAUUCUUCAUCAUAACUCGUCUGGAUAUAGCUCAGUCCUAUCCACAGACACAUCUCCUAACGCCACUAACAUGAAUUAUCUUGUUUGGACAGAAGUUUCAAAGGCUACUACGAAAGAAAGACUAACAAGAAUAAGCACAAUGAUGAAAGAAACUGAAGACCUGCUGAAGUGUAAAGAAGAUCCUUCUUAGAUCCAUAAUCAGCCUUCUUGCUUUAUGAGUAAUAUGCAUUGUUUUGGAAUAAGGUUAGAAGUGCAUAUUUAAAUAUUAUAUAAAAUACUAUUGUCUAACAUAAAUAAACCAGAUUUUUUUUAUGUGCAUCCCUUGUUAUAUGAUUUUAAAUAUUUGUUUUCUUAAUCUUAAACAUUACUGUCAUGUGUUAGAGUGAUUGUGGUUUACACUUUCAUCAAAACAAACUACAAAUACAUUUUUUGAGAGAUUAAUUAAAAAUAGAAACAUUGCAGGAAAGGUAACUCACGAUUAUAAGUGCACUCCCUCAAUAUCUCUGCGGGUUGAAAGUGGCUUCUCGUGUAUUUUGUGAGACACAAGUCCUGCAAAAUAUUUACUACAAUGGUCUGUCCUUUGAUGGCAGUAUGUUGGAAGAUUUAAUGACAGAAAAUAUAAAAGGAAUCUAGGUGUCCUUUUUAACAUUUUCAGAAUUGAUUAGUAGUUAUUUAGUAAAGUAUUUUUGGUGCCCUCUUCUGAUGAGUAUACAGAAUAUUAAAAUUGUUGAUAUUCAUUUUUACUUGAAGUCUUAAGGCCCUAUACAAAAUACAAAGUAUGUACUGUAUCUGCUGUUUCGUAGUAAAACACAUUUUUGUUCA